GGCGGGCGCGGGGAGGCGGCGGGCGGAAGCGGCGGGCGGCGGGGGGAAGAUGGCGGCGCGGCGGGGCCUGGGGCCGGCGCCGGCGCUGCUGCUGGUGCUGGCGGUGCUGGGCCCGGGGCGGCCGCUGCGCGGGGCCCGCGCCGCCCUCAACCUGCAGGAGCUGAGCGAGCUCAAGUACGGCAUCGAGAUCCUCGCCGAGCCCGUGCUGGCCGGGCAGCGGCCGGCGGAGGACGUGGUGACGGUGGCGUCGAAGUUCAAGCAGCGCUACGAGUGCCGCCUGCCUCCCGCGGCCGUGCGGCGGCAGCCCGAUCCCGAGGAGGAGGCGCAGCUCUACAACGGCUCCGGCGUCGCCGAGCUCCUGCGCCCCAUGGGGGCUGCGCCCUGCCUCGUCAAGACCAAGGACUGGUGGACGUACGAGUUCUGCUACGGGAAGCACAUCCAGCAGUACCACGUCGAAGAGUCGGAGAUCAAAGGCGACGUCCUGUUUCUCGGCUACUACCAGUCGGCGUUCGACUGGGACGACGAGACGGCCAAGGCCUCCAAGCAGCACCGCCUGAAGCGGUACCACAGCCAGAGCUACGUGAACGGCUCCCAGUGCGACCUCACCGGCCGAGCCAGGGAGGCCGAAGUCAGGUUCCAGUGCGAGGAGGGCGCGGGGGACUACAUCGCGCGGGUGGACGAGCCGCAGUCCUGCUCCUACGUGCUGACCGUCCACACCACCCGCAUCUGCCACCACCCCUUCCUGCGCCCGCCGGCCAGCGCCGCCCCCCAGCCCAUCCUGUGCCAGCCGGCCCUCAGCCCGGCCCAGUACGUCGAGUACGUCCGGGCCCAAGUCUCCGACACCAAGCGGAAGGUGGAGGAGAUCUCGGAGGAGCUGAAGACGCUGGACACGAGGCUGUGGAGCGAGAAGGACCCCGAGGCCCCCGCGCAGCCCCCCGAAGGAGCCGCAGCGGCUCACGGCGACGCUGCUCGGGGGGACGAGCCGGACCCAGCCAAGGAUGCUGCCUUCUGGGAGAGGGUGCGCGAGGUGACCGGCAAAGGCAGCGGCCAGCGGGACGGCGCCCAGGAGGAAGAGCCGGCCACGAAGGGAGCGGAGGGUCGCGCGGCCGAAAACCGGAAGAAAAUCCACUUCAAAGUGAUCAGGAGCCCUGGGGACCUGCUGCAGUUCAUCGAGGAGCUGAAGGAGAACACCAAGAAGGCUAGGGAGAAAGCGGUCGAGGAGGAGGCGGCGGAGAAGAGCCCGGAGCCCCCGGUCGCUGAGGAGCCGCCGGCCACGGCAGCCGAGGGGGAGCGACCAGAGGAGGAGGAAGACGACGAGGAGGAAGGGGACCUUCUGCGCGGCUUCGAGAAGGAACUGGAAGCGGUGCUGCUGCCCCGGGACCAGAUGGCUCAGCUGAAGGAGGAAGUGAAGACAGAAAUGGAGAAGGAGUUUGACAACAUCAUCAACGAAGUGGAGGACGAGCUGGAGACGGAGGGGCUGAAGGGGGAGUUUGACCGGAACCAGGCGUCCAAGUCCCUCGCCUCCACCCUCAACCGCCUCAUGGACAAGCUGGACGGGGGCCGCCCCGGCAAGGCGGCGGCGAAGGAGGAAGAGGAAGGGCCCAGGAGCAAGGCCAGCCCCGGCCCCCCGGCCGAGCAAGCCCCCGGUUCGUCCUCCGCGGCCGGCCCUGAGGCCGGCCCCGAGGGGCGCGUGCGGGUGCAGGUGAGCAGGAUCCGGCCCGGCGGCGCCCAGCACCGGGAGCCCCGCGUGCGGGAGAUGGGCCGGGACCACCCGCAGCUGCACCACAUCGAGAGCGAAGUGCGGGAGCUGCUGGCCAAGGAGGGGCUCCGGGCCGAAGGGAAAAUCGAGAUCAAGAUCGUGACGACGGGGGGGCCGGGGGACGAGGACGACACGCACUGGCUCUCGGACGAGGACACCAAGAACCUCAAGGACAUUUUCUUCAACAUCCUGAUCCAGGGCACGGAGGAGGCGCAGAAGGAGCGGCGGCGGCAGCAGGCGCUGGAGGACAACUACCGCUUCGUGUGGGGGCACCGCGAUGAGCCCCCGCCCCCCGGCGACUCCGAGGACCCUGAUUUCUGAGCCCCCCCCGGGGACUUUUGCGGCUUUUCCCCCCCCCCGGCAGCCUGGGGCACCGGGGCCCUGGGAGGGCGUCACUGCCCGGGGUGCCGUGGGGAGCACAGGGCCCGGGGGGGUGGGCUGGGCCCCCCCAGCCCUGCUCUGCCCCCUCCCUCCCUUUGACCCUGCGUGGGGGGACUCGGACUGCAGGGGGGGCUCCGUCUUGCUGUGCCCCCCUUUGGGGGGGGGGGGGGGCGCCCUGCCCUGAGGCUGGGCAUGGUUGUGCUGUGGAUGAGCCGGGGGGGUGGGAGGGAGGGAAGGGGGGGGGGGGAGUGUGUUGGGGGGGGGGUUCCUAUCGUUGCCUCUGGAGCCAUUUGUGCCCCCCCCUUCCCGGGGGGGGGGCUCUUUCUCAUAAUGAGAUGUAAAAGUCGAUCAGCGCCUGGGGCCCGGCCUCGCGCCCGGCCGCGUUUUUAUCAAUAAAGCAAGGUCAGCCCGGGG